AUGGUAGGGAAAUUAUACGGGCAGGACGAAAUGUUUCUUCGUAGAGGGCCUUGGCUUGAAGAAGAGGACGAACAGCUCGUGAAGUUCGUGACCCUUUUGGGAGAAAGGCGUUGGGAUUCCUUGGCAAAAGUUUCUGGAUUGAAGAGGAGUGGUAAGAGUUGCAGGUUGAGAUGGAUGAACUAUUUGCGUCCGAGUCUAAAGCACGGGCCGAUGACCCGGGAAGAGGAGAAGAUCAUCCUCCAACUCCAUGCUCUUUUCGGAAACAAAUGGUCAAGGAUCGCUAGAAGAUUGCCCGGUAGAACUGACAACGAGAUAAAAAACUACUGGAGAACUCAUGUGAGAAAGAAAGCUCAAGUUCAAUCCCAUGAUCAUGAUAAGAUCAUGGAUUCGAGAGGUGAUUCCGGAGAAGAGUAUCUCUUGCCCAAAUCUAACGAAACGGAGGCAAGAAUUCAAGAAUACGAUUUUGACGUUAUGAAGGAAGCAGCGAACCGAGAAAUUUUGGAAAGUGACAAGGGAACUUGUGGAAUAGACGGUUUCGGGGCUCUAACUUCACCUUUCGAAACACGGAUUUCGGAUUGGGUAUCGGAGAUUUCGACCGAUCAUAGUGCAGGAAAUCUUGUCGAAGAUCGAAGCAGCAGUAGUAACGGCAAGAGUAACAUUGGUUCUUGGUGGUUUCAAGAACAUACAGAUUUGGAAGAGUUUUCAUGCUCUCUUUGGACUUGA